AUGGACGCUCCAGACCAGAGCAGCAACACGUCCUCUCUUGGACUCGGCAGCGAGCCCGAAAUAAUCGAAAGCUACGAUGAACAACUUCCAACAGCCAGCCAUGCCCUCGCCGAGGAAAGCAUCCAGACCGAGGUCGAGAACAAGGGCGCCAGCCAGACUGACCACGACGAGAUCGAGGUGAAGAAUAUCGGGUGGAAUGACAAGGCACAAUGCGUUCCUCAGCCAGUGGUCGGCGGAAUGGGGAACGAAGAGCUCUGGCUCCUGAUCAGACGCUUCAACAAGCAGGUCUUUGAGGUCAAGAGCAUAGACACCGUUCCGCUGGCCGACCUGGAUAUGAACAUUGCAGAUGACGAUGCCUUUUCUCCAGACAAGCUGCGCGCGCAGUUGGAGCGCUUGUACAUGACGGUGGUGGUCUCUGUUGUCUCUCUGUGGAAACACAUUGUACGCCUCCGUUCGUGGAGAGAGACAAAGCGAACGGCAGCGUUCCUGGCCGUGUACGCCUUUGCGUGGCUAUUUGACCUGCUGGUACCGGCCGUCAUUAUGUUUCUCAUCGUCUUGAUUGCCUAUCCGCCAGCAAGGACAAUCUGCUUCCCUCCAGCACCACCAUCCAUCGUCGACUCAAAGACAGGAGGCGUACAGAAACCGCCUUCUGGUGUCCUUGCCUCUGACACGUCCAUCACUGGUGCGCCGGAGAAACACGAAGGCGAGGGUGUUGAGCAAGAAGCACACAGCUUUGUCAACAGCAUCGCAUCGGUCGUCAUAAGUACGAGCGCUGGGAAGCAUCCACAAGGUGAUCCAUACGACGACAACACUGCCCCAGAUCCGACAAACAUAACAUCGGACAUUUCGGCCGCCAAGGACGCGACAGACGGAAAAGAAACCUCUGUAGAACAUGACAGGACAAAGAAGCCCGUUUCAAACAUUGUCUGGACUAAGACUGGACCUGUCAUGCACCUCAUUUCGGAGUUGGUCGAUACUUGGGAGCGCUUUGGGAAUGCCCUCAGCCCGACACCACCGUUCCCUGUCGAACAGCCAAGAUUGACGCUCUCUGCCUGUCUUUUGCCUCCGCUGUUUCUUUCCUUUUGGGUCUCUUCGUAUAUGCUGCUCAAGGGCCUCGGGUUUGGUGUUGGAUUUGUCCUCUUUGGCGAUCCCAUCAUCACACCAGCCCUGCAAUUUGCCAACAGGACAUACCCGCGCUGGGAGAAAUUCAUUGAGCUGCGAAAUACCAUUCUACGAGGAAUUCCGACCAAUGCACAACUUGCCGUCACGCUGCUGCGCAUCGGCGAGAAGAAUAAAACGCCAAUUCCUCCUCCUCCAUCCUCCGAUGCGCCACCACCUCCCAAGAUUGAUCCUGAAGCUGCACAGCAGGUCGACAAUCUAGGUGUCACCGAAGAGGAAGCGAGGGAAGCACUUCAACCUGAUUUAGAUCACGCAUCAGACGUUAAAGACGACAGUCAGCAGCGAAAGCCCAAACGGUCACAUCGGAUCCUCAAUAUGCUCAAAGGCACCGCCAAGGGUGGCGUGCAUACGGCCCUCGCUGCCGACAAAGCCAAAGCUGCCGCUGGUGCUUAUCACGCACGAAAUCGUCUCGGUGUCGUGAACAAGCCUUCAGACGCUGACUCCAUGUCGGGUCCAAUCUGUUUCCCUGCCCGGUGCCGUGGUAAAAAGGGCCAUGCAUACAUCACGGCCACGGCUACGAGUCCCGCGUUGAGCUGGACCUCGGAUAUCGAGGACGUGAAUCCAGCGUGGACAGUAGCUAUUGAAGACAUUGACCAACUGAAGAAGGUUGGAGGCUUGGGGUGGAAGACUAAGAUUCUUGUUGGAUGGGCAAUGGAGAGAGAAGUGGUGGAUGGAUUGGUUGUGAGAACAAAAGACGGAACCGAGCAUCACUUGACAGCCAUCACAAUGCGCGAUGAGCUGUUCAACCGAUUGAUUGCGAUGGGGCAUCAAAUGUGGGAAGCGUGUUGA